GAUAAACAUCAUCGAUCAUAUAUAUAUAUAUAUAUAUAUGUAUAUACUGAUCUGAUUUAAGAAUCUCUGCAAAUAUUAAUUCUUCGAUAUCAAUAAUGGGUUCUCUUAUGGCUGGUUGGGAUUCUCCUGCUUCCAAGUCUAACCCUAAUGAAGCUGAGUUAAGGAGGAAUAAGUCACUGACGAGAGACGAAAUCGAAGCGUUUUGGAAGUUGAAGAAGCUGAAAGAGGAAGAACACUUGAAGGAUAUUUCUCUUCUGUCUCCUCGCACACAGAAAAUUAUAUUCGAAGAGGCUGUGAAGAGGACAGCUCAACCGGGAAUUGAGAAGGAGCUUCUAGAAGCUGACACUGAGACAAGUCUCGAGAAAUUAAUACUCAAAAAUGGCUGGUGGAUCAGCAGCACGUCGGCGUUUCUGAACGAGCCGCCGGUGAUUGCGCCGGAAGGAACCGCGAACAAGUACACGGCGCAGUUCCACGUGGCGCAGCCGCCGUCGCCGGCUCCGGGUCGCGGCGGCGCUGGAAUCAACGCGUGAGAUGGAGACGGCGUCGUUUUGGUAGCUGGUGAUGUGUCGCACGUGUGGAGUGUGGUAUAGUGUCGGUGUCGUAUAAUGUACGUAUUGGGAUCGUAUAGUAUUAUAAUUAAUGUGUUAAUUGUUUGGGGUUUUUUGGAUUCGACUACGAGUAUGUAUUUUUCGGAACUUCUGUGGUCUUCCUCCUCGUGUGCUUCGACUUCUGUCAGCGUGGCCUGUUGUGAGACGACGUCGUUUUCAGGAAUGUAAUUGAAGCUGAAAUAGGAAUGUUACGACUCCGUAUA